AUGAAAAAAGGUCUUUCUUCAUCAUCUGUUUCUUUUAUGCAUUUUCAUGAUUUUCAUUUUCUCUCUCUCUCCUUUUUGAUUUCUUUUUGCAUUUCUCUACUCUCUCUCUCUCUCUCUCUCUCUCUCUCUCUCUCUCUCUCUCUCGCACGCGCGCUAUCGUUCCUUUACUCUCUCUGUGCCUUUCUCUGUUUUUUCCACUCCUCUUUUUCUCUCGACAUUAUGCUAUCCACAUUUUAUCUCCUCUCUCUCUCUCUCUUGCUAUCCUUCACUCUCUCUCUCUCUCUCUCUAUCGUCCCUUCUCUCUCUCUCUCUCCCUCUGUCUUUCUUUGUUUUUCCCACUCCUCUUUUUCUUUCAACAUUAUGCUAUCCACAUUCUAUCUCCCCUCUCUUUCUCUCUCUCGCUAUUGUUCCCUCUCUCUCUCUCUCUCUCUCUCUCUCUCUCUCUCUCUCUUAUACUUUUGUUUUCCUUCUUUCUCUCUGUUCCAGAUUCUUUUUCUUCUUCUUCUUCUUCUAUGUGCUGCGUCCUGUCAAGACUACGUAGAAAGAAGCAUACGCAAUAGGCUUGGGCCUCUCCCUCUCCCCCUCUCUCCCCCCCUCUCUCUCUCCCUCCCCUCUCUCUCUUUCUCCUCCUCCCCCACCCGCCUGAAUAUGUCUAGCUAUACCAAGAGGCGCACGAUCUCUACUUUUUCUCUCCCUCUCUCUCUCACUCUCUCUUGCUCUCUCUCCCUCUUUCUGUCUCUGUCUCACUCCCUCAAUCUCUUCUUCACCCUCCCACGUUUUUGUCUCUCUGCCUGUUUUUGCUUCUGGUUAUCUAUCUAUCUAUCUAUCUGCUAUUGA